GGAAGAAACAUGCCAGUCUGUAAAAAAGAAACAGCAACACGUUUUAACUUGUUUAACAGUUUAAACCCUCAGAGCUGCUCCUCUUAUUUCUGUGCUUUUUCCUCUGGAUGCAGGAGAUAAACAUCUCUUAAUGAGGCAGCAUUGAUGAUGUCACUCAGACUGACUCCUCCUCUUUCUCUGCUGUUUCUGCUCAUGGUUUCAGGAGUUGUUGUUUCUCAGGACUGGGGUGUUUAUUACACACAGAGCUCCAUCUGUGCUCUAAAGGGAUCUACAGUGACCGUGGGCUGCAGAUACACAUAUCCAGCUGGUUACUCAGUUAACAAAGCUUUCUGGAGCAGAGAGUUAGUUACAGAUAAAGAGCCUCCUGAUCUGACUUCAGAUCCAAAGUACAGAGGCAGGGUUCAGUACCUCGGAGACAAACGGCGUGACUGCAGUCUCAGACUGAGUGAUGUGAGAGAACAGGACCAAGGCAAAUACUACUUCAGAUUCAUAACAACAUUCGCUGAAGGAAAGUAUCAAGGUAAAGAUGGAGUUAACCUUUCUGUCACAGAGCUUCAGGUGGAGAUGAUUCCUGAUAGUGUGGUUGAGGGAGCUGAAGUCACUCUCACGUGUAAAACCACCUGCAGCCUGACUGUCACUCCGACAUUCACCUGGUACAAAAAUGGAAUUCGUUCAUCCUCCGCCUCCUCCUUCAAUCCGCUCCGUCUGCCAUCAGUCAGUCAGAGGGAUGCAGGCAGCUACAGCUGUUCUGUACAGGGACAAAGUUAUCGCUCCCCUGCUGUCACUCUUGAUGUCCAGUAUCCUCCAAAGAGAGUCUCAGUGUCCAUCAGACCCUCUGGUGAGAUAGUGGAGGGCAGUUCAGUGACUCUGAGCUGCAGCAGUGAUGCUAACCCACCUGUGCAGACCUACACCUGGUAUAAAGGAACAUCCUCUAUAAGAACAGGACAAACCUACACCAUCUCCUCUAUCAGCUCUGAGGACAGUGGAGAAUACACGUGCCAGGCUGAAAAUAAACACGGAGUUCAGUCCUCUACUGCUGCGUCUCUGAAUGUCCUGUAUCCUCCAAAGAGAGUCUCAGUGUCCAUCGGUCCCUCUGGUGAGAUAGUGGAGGGCAGUUCAGUGACUCUGAGCUGCAGCAGUGAUGCUAACCCACCUGUGCAGACUUACACCUGGUAUAAAGGAACAUCCUCUGUAAGAACAGGACAAACCUACACCAUCUCCUCUAUCAGCUCUGAGGACAGUGGAGAGUACAAGUGCAAGGUCAGACAUCGAUACGGAGAGAAAUACUCUGAUGGAGCAACUUUAAAUGUUUUGUAUCCUCCAAAGAGUGUCUCAGUGUCCAUCAGUCCCUCUGGUGAGAUAGUGGAGGGCAGUUCAGUGACUCUGACCUGCAGCAGUGAUGCUAAUCCAGUAGAGUAUAACUGGUUUAAAGGAACAUUAUUUAAAAGCAAAGAAAAAACCUACACCAUUAACAAGAUCAGCUCUGAGGACAGUGGAGAUUACAAGUGCAAGUCCAGCAAUCAAUAUGGAGAGAAAUACUCUGAUGGAGCAACUUUAAAUGUUUUGUAUCCUCCUAAGAAUGUCUCAGUGUCCAUCAGUCACUCUGGUGAGAUAGUGGAGGGCAGUUCAGUGACUCUGACCUGCAGCAGUGAUGCUAACCCACCUGUGCAGACCUACACCUGGUAUAAGGUGGAUGAAAGCUCACCUGUAGGAUCUGGACACAAUUACAGCUUCACAUUGAGGUUCAACAGCAGUAGAUGGUUUUACUGUGUAGCUCAGAAUAAAUAUGGGAAUCAGACAGCAGCUGCAGUGCCGCUCACUUUAAAGGGGGGCACAAGUGUAGUUCUGUAUGUAGUUCUUGGAGUCAUGGUUGGAUGUGGAUGUUUAUUUGCCAUCAUUGGUGUUUUACAUAUGAGGAGAAAGAAAAGGGGAGGUUCAGCUGAAGAUGCCAAGUCAAGUCAGGAAAAUAUCUACAGCAGUGAGAACUUGAGUGCUGCAACCAACAAUCCAAGACCUGAUCCAGAUCUGUUCAGUCAGGAUGAUGUUCAGUAUGCCAGUAUCCAGCACCAGAGUGAUCCCCGGAGGGCAGAAAGUUCUCCAUUGCAAACUGCUGACUCUGGGGCUGCUGAGGAGGUUCAGUAUGCUACUGUCCAGCACCAGCAUGACAGAGGGGUGGAAAAGACGCUAAAGGAUGAUGAUCAGUAUGCCAAUGUCAGAUUUAAUCGCACUGGUGCUGCCUACAGGUCUGCUGCUCCUGCAUUUGAAGAUUUGUCAGUGAUUUACAGCAGCUGAAGUAAACAAAAUUCCAAGAUUCUGUUCAGGAUGAACGUGACCUGAACAGUUACCCAAUUAUGGGCAAUUGAAACUACAGCUAAGGAAAGAAGACAAGCUAUUGGUUGGAUAUAAACCACAUCCAUUAUUUUCAUAAUUCCACAUUUUCUGUAUGACUAUUUUGUAGAUCAUUCCUCCUGAAAUACAAAAGAAACCUAGUGGAUAAUUGUUUUAAGUACUCCAAACACUUCAAUCAGCAGAACCAAACCACAUUCCCUUUUCGGAUGCAACUUAGUAAACUUCAAGAUCCAUAACCUUGGGCCAUCAAUCAGGUUUUUCAAAACAUUGUAAAAGUACUUGGGAAUAGACUUUCUUGUGUUACAUCAACUUACUGCAUCAUAUCCUUAACACAACUGCAACCAUAUACAACUGUAAUCACCACUUAAACAACAAGAUGACUUCUAUUAAAAGGGUAUAACUUACAGAAAACAUUUUUACUCCAAAAUUCUAUUGUAUGUCCAGUAUUGACUUAACUGGAUAAUAUUGUUAUUAAUAUUUUCACACCUACAGCUUUUUGGGUCAUUUUAAAUUGUACAAGUAAAUAGAUUUGUCCUCUCUGAAAUGCUAAGUUUGCAAAAAAUGGCAGACAGUAUGUGGAGCAUUUGACUGCAUUUAUUUUUAAGGACUUGUGCUUCACAGUCACAAAACUCAGGAUUAUUAUUAUCAUCGUUAUUAUUAUUUACAAGGCAGCAACUUAGUUAGCUUUUAAUGCAUAGAUAUUUGUAUAUUAAAUCCAGCCCAGUUUGUAAUAACCCUUUAAACUGAUUUAUUCACAGUUUACAAUUAUACACUCUAUGACCUCCACUUUUCUGGGAAGGCUUUCCACUAGAUUUAACUGUAGCUGUGGGAAUUUGUGCUACAUUACAUUAGUGAGGUGAGGAGGUCUGCGGUGCAACUGGUAUUCCACUUCAUCCCAAAGGUGUUCAGUGGGGUUGAGGUCAGGGCUCUGUUAGAGAAUCCACCCU